AACUCGGAUACCUCCGGUCACUUGAGCUAUUGCUUGCUUCUAUAUUGGAUUUAUUAUUUUUGUUGGAUUUCUAACUUUAGAUAUUAAAGGGGGAGAUAGGGUAAGAUUGAGCUGUUGGAUUUGUCAGUUGAGAAUUAAUUUCUUUUUUACAUACAGUAAGUACUGCCUAUUUUUUCAGUUACCCUUUGUCUUACAUACCCAUUGAGAUUAUAAACUAGCCAAUUACAUUCAUAUGUGAUUUAAAAAGAUACAGAUAUCUUUCUACUCGUUGCCUGUCAUUAGUGGGCUAGCAAUAAAGAUAUGUUGAUUAAGACUUAAGAGAUUUCUGCCCCUAAUGACUUAGAUCCAUCUCCAGUUAUUACAAUUUUGACCAGACUAAAAGUAAGUGAAAAGGGUGAGGGUUGUUGAUCUCUUGAUCAAGCAGCCGGUUGUUUAUUUCAUUAUACAAAUCCAGAAGCCUGACAGCUGUCGAUUAGUGCCCUUGAAACCCUAGGUCAAGCGAUUUGGCUUAUGUGGGUCGGGAAAUGAGUCACGGAGAGCGCAAUUAAAGGACGUUUGCCUUUAGUUCGGAUUCCCCAGAAGCCACAAAAAACAGACGGGAUCAUGUUGCUGCCAGAAGGGCAAGAAACGUGGAAAAGAGAAGCGUUAGCUUUCCUGGUAAGAGCGGCUGCAGAGUAAGGCGGAGGCGGAGCCCCCAUUCCACUGCUCCGAGCCCCACAGGACUGCAAACCAUACCCUAAAAACUCCAAUACUUUUGGGUGUAGGAAAGCUGCAAGGCAGAUAGGAAGGACAUGACUAAAAAAGACGGGGAGCAGAAACUAAUCCAAGAAAAGACUACAAUGAAAGAAGGCUAAAGUCUGGGGUUGAUACAAAGCGCUAUAGCCGAGACCACGUGCUGACAUUUCAACAACCGGGGAAUCAAAACAAACCUGCGUGCCCCCGCCCAGCGCCCGUCACGUGACUGCCGCGUGAGCGGUGCUUCCGGGGGAACCUUGGAGUUGCUAACGCAGCUCCUUCCUGCCCUGCGACUCCAGAGCCCGGUGUUUGGCGGUCCUCUGAACCCACUCCCACUUCACUCCACUUUUGGGUUGGGGCGGAGCUAGCCAUGGCAGCCACCCCGGGGACGACCCCUGAAACUGCCCCGGCAGCUGGAGCUGGAGAGGUGGAAGGUGAACACGUCAAACCUUUUACACCAGAGAAAGCAAAAGAAAUUAUAAUGGCCUUACAACAACCUGCAAUCUUCUGUAACAUGGCUUUUGAUUGGCCAGCACGACACUGGACUGUUAAACACCUUUCUGCGGUCCUUCGCGGCAAGCAGAUACGAUUCAGGAUGGGAAUGAAAAGAACAGAUAGAGUUCCUCAGUUUGAAACAACAUGUGGUUACGUAGAAGCUACACUUGAAGAGUUCCUGACCUGGAACUGUGACCAGCCUACUAUGUAUGGACCAUUUAGAGAUUAUGAUCAUUCCAAAUUCUGGGCUUAUGCUGACUAUAAAUAUUUUGUCAGCCUAUUUGACGACAAGGCAGGUAUUUUCCAGGAUGUGAUAUGGUCUGACUUCGGGUUUCCUGGAAGAAAUGGACGGGAAAGUACAUUGUGGAUCGGCUCCAUGGGGGCCCAUACACCCUGUCAUCUGGACUCCUAUGGUUGCAACUUAGUAUUCCAGGUACAAGGAAGGAAAAGAUGGCAUCUCUUUCCUCCCGAAGACACUCCUUUCCUUUAUCCGACAAGAAUCCCUUAUGAAGAAUCUAGUGUGUUCAGUAAAAUCAAUGUUGUCAAUCCUGAUUUAAAACGUUUUCCUCAGUUCUGCAAAGCUCGAAGACAUAUGGUUACACUAAACCCAGGACAGGUUCUUUUUGUUCCCAGACACUGGUGGCAUUACGUAGAAUCCAUUGAUCCUGUCACUGUCAGUAUAAACUCAUGGAUUGAGCUGGAAGAGGACCACCAGGCCCGGGUAGAAGAGGCAAUCACACGCAUGCUUGUGUGUGCCCUGAAGACUGCAGAGGAUCCACACAAUACCAGAGCUUGGUUAAACCCAACCGAGGUUGAGGAAACAUCCCAUGAAGUCAAUUGUCGCUACUUAAAUAGAGCCGUUUCUGCCCUUUUUGAUCAUUACAGAACAUCUAAGGUAGUAGAAAUCCAAGCACUGAGAACAAACAGAGAGGACAUGAAAAAGGAGGGAUCAGAUGUGCACAAUCACAUGGAGGUGGGACAAACAGGUGGCCAGGACUUACUCUUGGGAAUGGGAAAACAGGAGGCAGCGAGUCCCUUUGGCCCUGAUCUGGUUCCUGUAAUACUGGGUUCUGAAGAACUACCCUCAGAGAGAGGAGGCAUAUUUGAAGGUGAUGGUAAAGACUUUGUUGGCGAAGAUGGAGAACACUCUGGAAAAUUGCAUUGUACCAAGAGGCAGCGAAUGAUGAGUAAAAGUGAGGAUGCAAUUGUGGAACAAAUCUCUUCAAAUAGUAGUAUGGCUCCUUCUCAAACAUUCAUUUCUACAGAUGACUUGCUAGACUGCUUGGUGAAUCCACAAGUAACCAGGAUAGUGGCACAACUUCUGAUACAAGGAAGAAGUUUGUGGUUCUAAGGAAAUGACUUUUAAAAUAAUACUUUAAAAAUAUUUUUUGAGUAGUAUGAUUAUUAAAUAAAAGAUGGCAGAGCAAAAAGUUAA